UGUGUCGACACGUGUGUUUGACGACGAAACCGACGAAACUUCUCGUGUGGUUGACGAUGCCGUAGCGCACGCUUUGAAAACGGGACAGAAUGAGGAUAAACCGUUACAGACGUGUCCAGAGGAACCUCACCUUCUACAAAAAUGCCUUCGGAUUCCGACCGCCGUACCAGAUCCUCGUGGACGGCACCUUCUGUGCGGCUGCGCUCAAGUACAAGGUGAACAUCAGAGAUCAGAUGCCGAAGUACCUCGGGGAAGAGGUCAAACUCUGCACCACGGUCUGCGCCGUGACCGAGACGGAGAGCCUGGGCCCGCAGCUGUACGGGGCCACGCUGGUCAUCAAGCAGUUUCCCGUGCGCCGCUGCGGCCACGAGAAGCAGCCAAUCACGGCCGCAAACUGCUUCCACAGCAUGGUGCGCAAGCGCAACCAGGACCACUACAUGGUCGCCACGCAGGACCACGACCUGAGCGAGAGGCUGCGCGCCCUCGUCGGCGUGCCGCUCCUGUACCUCUUCAACGCCAUCACCCUCGAAAAGCCGUCGGAGAAGAGCGAGAAAAAGGGCAUGGAGGCGCUGCAGGCGCAGUCCCAGGCCCCCGAGCGUCAGAUGGAGGUCAUCAAGCAGCUCAAAAAGAAAGAAAACCUCCUGGAGGAAACGACGCCCAAGAGGAAGCGGAGGAAACCCGGCGGACCCAACCCGCUGUCGUGCAAGAAGCCGAAGAAGGCCACGAAGAGGCCGUCGGCGGAGGCAGAACGGGAAAGCUCGGAGGCCGGCAGGAAGCGGAAGAGGCACAAGCGUGUCAAGCUCGCCAAGCAUGUUGUGUCGGAACUUUCGAAGUCCUCUGCCGAGUAAAGUGUUGCA